UCUGGUAUCACUUUCUGUCAAUGCAAGUCGAUCCACAGGUGCUGUUCACUUGAAAGAUUCUCAUGUGACAGAGAGCCACAUUUUGAGAACAUUUUGCAAUGAUGUUUUACCGUGGCUCAAGACAAAAAUGUUUGCUGUAUUGGAGGUAUGCUGAAAAGACCAGCAGGAAAAAUUAAAAGCGGAGUCAACCAGCAUAUGCAAAUGCAUCAUUUGCUUUCACUUGGAUGGCCAAGUUAGAGGAAUCACCCCAAAGGGAUUUGAGAUUGUUUUUGUCUUCUUUUUUUCUUCCACUUGAUUCUCACUUUUUACAACACAUAUUAGUAUUUGACUCAGUGAAGUUUGUUAGUGAUAUGAAGGAUGGAUGGAAAUCUUGGUUCGCUGCCGAUACUGAUUGGAGGCCGGAUCGAUACUGUACUGGUACAGGUUGGUGUGUUGAAACAGGUCAGUACUGAUAGCUACCAUGCCAGACGAUAGAGAAAGAGAGAGACAAAAGACGGGAGGAGGCAGCAACACUGGCAGGCUGCAGCGGACAUGGAUGACAACAAGGAGGAAAUUACAUGGAGGAGGAAGCAAAGGAGUAGCUGUAGCAGUAGGAGGAUAAGCUGGAAGUGGUGGUGGAGUAGGAGAAGAAGAACAUGAGGCGGAGGUGGCAAAGAAGGAGGAGAGAGAAGAAAAUAAAAGAAAAUGCAGUUAUUAAGAGUUGUUAAUAAAUUCUAAGAAAAAAGAAGAUUUGAAACCAGUAUGUCUUACUGCCUAAUACAGCUUGGUGUUCGUUAGCUUAUUGCCUAGCGAGGUCAAUAAAAUGAGUUCACUGUGUUGCAUUCUUAACUAGCAACUAGUGCAGAUAUGCUAGAAUCUGCUCAUGAAGUUAUGAGGCAGUUGCAUUCCUUCAUCAACAUGUUGAUUAUAAAUCUUGGAAAAUUUUGUUUGGAGAUCGUGGGGGCAACAAAGCAUCGUAUCUUGUGGUUAUUUCGGGCUCAUGGAAACAUAUGUUUGGCAUGGCUUGAUCUUCAAAGAAUCUCUUUGUUGUCUGUUGUACCACUGUGUCAAGUUAUGAAAUUUCGGAUUUUAUAUAGACUUCAGAUAUAAGAGAUUAGUGGACUUGUGUUAGUUGAUUGAUUCAAUCUGCUUCUUCUUUUGUGGAUUAUGUCUUUAUCUGGGAGUUUCUGCGGGUCUUUAUUUAGGCACCGGUCUGUUUAUAUUUGCCAAAGUUGUGAUUUCUGCAAAAUCCUGGAUGGACCAGUCUCCCACACAGAAGAUGAUUUUUUGACAAGACUCACGGAAACUGGUGCCACUGAGUGUUCAGAUGAUGUAGCUCCAACUUUGAACCAAAAUGAUCUACAAGCAGCACAAUUGACAAAAAAAAACAUCUUACAAAAUAUUAUAUGUUCAUUUAAUCAUGUGUGGCAUGUAAAUGAGGUGUGUGCUGCUGCUGCCCUUGCUACUCUGCCUGAAGAUGAACCCAGUAGGACAUUGCUGAAAACUGCUAAAGACCUAGAGGUAGAGAUUAGGAAGUUUCUCAUGGCUGUAAAUGAUCUUCAUUUGAAGCACAGACUGUUGGCAGAUAAUGUCCAGAACCAUCGAGAUGUAGACAUUAAAAACAAAGCUGAAUGUAAACGCCUGGCAGAGGAGUUGGCAAAUACAGUUUCAGAGUUGGAAGAAAGCAAUCGUAGACUAACAGUCCUCAAGUCGCAAAAAGAUACAGCACAAACCCCACGAUUCCUUUUUCAAACUUUAGGAAACAAACCAGUUGGUGCAGAUAAGGUCAAGGAUGUUCAAAAGGAUAUGCAAGAUAUGGAAUUUUAUCUCAAGGAAUUGAUGGAUUUAGUUUCAAGCCGAUUAACAGAGAUUAGUAGACUGAAUGAAGAAAGAAUUGAAAUUCUAAAGAAACUGGCCUAUUUGCGGAAUGCUUUGAUGAAUGUCAAGAGUAUAUCUUCAUCCAAAGCUUUUCAAUUGCUGAAUGCUCACCUGCAAGGAUCAAGAGAAGAAAUGGAUGUGUGCCGGGCAUUGCUGGAAAAAUUGCAGGUUGAAAAGGAUAGCUUCAGUUGGCAUGAAAAAGAAGUGAAUUUGAAAGUUGAAUUAGCUGAUAUUGCUCAGAGAGUCUCUCUAUUCUCUGAGUCUAGAAUUGCUGAGCUAGAGCAGAUUUUGCAGAAACUAGCCAAUGAAAGGGUUCUCUUAGAGACCAAAUUUGAAGAGGCCACAAGAGAACCAAGUAGGAAAGAAAUAAUUCACGAAUUUAAGGCACUUGUUUCAUCGUUACCUAAAGACAUGGGAAUCAUGCAAAGUGAAAUCGAUAAAAACAAGGGGGCUGCCGUAGAACUUAAUUCUCUCCGUGCAGAAGUUCAAUCUCUUUCUAGUAUGUUGCACAGGAAGGAGAAUGAGAUUAAAUCUUUAUCUGGAAAUUCCGCUCAUCAACUUUCUGAAAUAAAGAAACUGCAUUCAGUGCAGCUUCAUGAUUUAAGAGAGAGUAAUCAGGAGUCGAUGCUAUUCCUAGAAAUGUAUAAACGUGAAUCCACAGAUUCCAGGGAUGUCAUAGAGUCCAAGGAUAGUGAAUACAAAACAUGGGCUUUGGUUCAAAGUCUUAAAUCAUCUCUUGAUGAACACAACUUGGAGUUGCGUGUUAAGGCAGCCAUUGAAGCUGAAGCAACAUCUCAAAAGAGGCUAACCUCUGCUGAAGCCGAGAUCGAUGAACUAAGGCGGAAGUUGGAGGCAUGUGGCAGAGAUAUAUCUAAAUUGUCUGAGAUUCUGAAGUCUAAACAUGAGGAAGGUGAAGCCUAUAUAUCUGAAAUCGAGAGUAUUGGGCAAGCAUAUGAAGAUAUGCAAACUCAAAACCAACACCUCUUGCAGCAAAUUAUAGAGAGAGAUGAUUACAACAUUAAGCUUGUUGUAGAGGGCGUGAAGGCAACGCAGCUCCAGGAAGCACUGCGCUUGGAACUGCAAACCAUGAAUAAGAAGUUGCAGCAGGCAAACUUGUUGGUGGAUUUAUAUAAUAUAAAAGUUUCCCAAAUGGAUGACCUGUUAAAGGUAUGUUCAGAUCAAGUUGGGAAACUUGCCGAGGAUGCGUGGCAGAGUACUGUCAUGUCUGAGAAUACCAAAAAAAGAUUAUUGGAGGUGCAGACUGAGUCGGAUAACCUAAGGCAAUCAUUUGACGGGAUGCAAAACAAGGUCGAGAAAGGCCGAGUGGAUGUUGCAAAUAUGUUGAUGGAACUAGAGAAGGAGAGGUAUGACAAGAAGAGAGUUGAGGAAGGCUUAGAAGUCAUGACCAGGAAAGCUGCCUACCUUAGGGCACAAAUCAAUGGUUCUACGGUCCUGGAGAAACUUCGGCAAGAAGUAAAGGAAUACAGGGGGAUCCUUAAGUGCAGUAUCUGCCUCAACCGACAAAAGGAGGUUGUGAUUGUGAAAUGUUAUCAUUUGUUCUGCCACCAGUGCAUUCAGAGGACCUCUAACAGCCGUCAACGUAAGUGCCCAACUUGUGGCACGAGUUUUGGGCCUAAUGAUGUGAAACCAAUCUACAUAUGAUCCUGGGUUGUUUGUGUCGUUGUGUCAUCGGAGAUGAUGGAUUCAAAUCUGACGCGGCACCACAGAAGGCAAGUUGUGUCGCCGCUGCCAUUCUUGUGUCUUGAAGCUUAGUUUUUGUUGUUGUUGUUGUUGUUGUAACAUAUCUUGUGAUUGAAUGACGAGGCACCAUGGGCUGUCUGCCAUAGCAAGUUGUAUCAUCCCGGUACACGAUGAACCACUGGACCAGCCCUGCUCCAUCCAAUCUAUUGUUUCAUAAUUCAAUGAAAUGAAGCUCAGGAUUCACCUUGCUUGCCUUA